AUGGGCCGCCAGCUGUUUUUCCCAGGCCUCUUUCGCCACAUCCAGGAGGCCGCGGGGUUGCCAGCCAAAGAGAGUCUGAUUAAAGCGUUUGACCAGUCUGUUGGUCUGGGGAUGGUUCAGACUGUGGUCCUCAACUGCUUCAUCCGUAACAGCCUGCAGAGAGGCUUGGCUUCACCCAUCAGCAGGGGAGCCAGCACUUGUGCCCAGUCAUCUGUAUGCCAUCCCUCCGAGGUUGCCGUGAUUUCAAACAUCUGCAAGUAUGCUUCCACAUCAUCAUGGGGGGUCAGCUUUGGUAGCAUCUUAGUGGCUUGUACUCGGGGGUCCGGCAAAAGGGCCUUGACGGGUGGCAAGAUGCUCAACGGUCUGUUGCUGGCGGAUGCUAACCUCGUGCAAAAAUCAUUAGAAACAGCUGAGAAACACACAAGAAAACAAGAGGAUUUCUGGCUACAGGGAUUCUUGAAAACUCACAAAAUGAGCAUGAAGGAGAAAGUAGAACAUAUUUUUGAGGGCAAAAAGAAAAAUGAAGCACACCUCAUGGAUGUUUACACAGAACUCUUUAUUACGGAGGGGGAUAUUAAAGAAGUCAAUCAUGAACAUGAGAUUCUGAAGAUUGAUGUUGUUUUUAAAACCUGUAAAUUACAUGACAGGCCAAUCAAAUGCAGUGAUGUAUUUAGUCUGAACAAAAAUAAGAAAAAGAUUCUGUUGACCAAAGGCAUCGCUGGCAUUGGAAAAACUGUCUCAGUGCACAAGCUCAUUCUGGACUGGACAGAAGGAAAAGCCAAUGACAAUAUUGAUUGUGUGUUUCUGCUUCCAUUCCGAAAGAUUAACUGCAUUAAAGACAGAGAGAUCAGUCUGCAUGAAUUACUACAGAAAUUCAAUCCUGAAAUGAAGGACCUAGAAACAAGACAGAUAUAUAAGAGCUGUACGCUUGCAUUUAUCUUUGAUGGACUGGAUGAGAGUCGACUGACUCUGGAUUUUGACAAUGGAAUGGUGACGAGUGUUGAGGAGCGAUCAUCUGUAGAUGAACUGUUUGCAAGUCUGGUGAAUGGGACUCUGCUUCCAUCAGCGCUUGUCUGGGUGACCUCACGACCAGCAGCAGCCAAUCAGAUCCCUCCUGAGUAUGUCGGGUUGUUCACAGAGGUGCGAGGAUUCACUGACCAGCAGAAGGAGGAGUAUUUCAGAAAGAGAUUCAAAGAUGAGACUCAGGCCUCCAGAAUCAUCUCACACAUUAAGAAAUCUCGAAGUCUCUACAUCAUGUGCUACAUUCCCGUGUUCUGUUGGAUCACAGCCACUGUUCUUCAAGACCCUACUGGGAACAAUGCAGAUACCAUCAAUAUGACGCUUACUGAAAUGAACAUCCACUUCCUGCUGAUCCAGAUGAACAUGAAAAGUCAGAAGUAUGACAGAAAAAAAGAAAGAGCCCGUACCAAGCUCUUAGAUACCAAUAAAACAAUGAUUUUGAAGUUAGCCAAGCUAGCAUUUGAACAACUAAAGAAGGAAAACGUUGUGUUCUAUGAGAAAGAUCUGAAAGCAUGUGGUAUUGAUGUGAGUGAAGACUUUGAGUCCACAGGAAUGCUGACUGAGAUCUUUCAGCAAGAAGCUGGACUUCAUGAGAUGAAGGUCUUCUGCUUUGUGCAUCUGAGUGUUCAAGAGUUCCUCGCUGCAGUGCAUGUGUUCCUCUGCUACCUGCACAAGAACAUGGAGGAGCUUCAGUUUUUCUUUAAAGAGCCACUGAACAAGGUCAGGAGUAAACAUCAUGUAACCGACAUCAAUAAAGUAGACAAAAAAGUUGCAUUGCAUGAUUUACUAAAAAAGGCUGUUGAGAUAGCAAUGCAGAGUCAGAGAGGACAUUUAGACCUUUUUUUGCGUUUUCUGCUGGGCAUUUCACUAGAAUCCAAUCAGAAACUGCUUGAAGGCCUUUUUACACACACUGAAGACAGCAAAGACAGCAUCAUGAAAACAACUGAAUAUAUUACAAAACAAUGUCAGUGCCAGAAGAUCUCACCUGAAGCUUCAAUCAACCUGUUCUGCUGCUUACUGGAGCUCAAUGACAAAUCAUUAUAUAUGGAAAUACAAAGCUAUCUCCGAUCCAAUCCAGAAAAAUUCCUCCCAUCUUCUAUGUGCUCACUGAUGACAUACGUACUGCUGAUGUCAGAGGAGGUGCUGGAUGAGUUCAACCUGAAGAAGUACAAGACCACAUGGGGAGGUUACAUGAGUCUCCUGCCUGCUGUAAGAAGCUGCAGAAAAGCCAUACUCAACAUCUGUGAACUCAGUGAUACCUGUUGUGAAACUGUGGCUUUGGCCCUGCAGUUACCAAAUUCACCCAUCAAAGAGUUGGACAUGAGUCAUAAUGGUCUGCAAGACUCAGGAGUGAAGAUGCUCUCUGAUGGACUGAAGAGUCCAGACUGUCAGCUGGAGAUUCUAAGAUUGGCAGGCUGUAAUCUCACUUUUCACUGCUGUACAAGUUUGCCAUCAGUUCUAAAAUCACCAAACUCCCGUCUGAUAGAGCUGGACCUGAGUGACAAUGAUCUCCAGGACUCAGGAGUGAAGCUGCUCUCUGUGGGACUGAAGAACCCAAAUUGUCAGCUGGAGAAACUGAGAUUGGCAGGCUGUAAUCUCACUCAGGAGUGCUGUGAAAGUUUGUCAUCAGUUCUAAAAUCAUCAAACUCCUGUCUGAGAGAGUUGAACCUGAGUAAAAAUGACCUGCAGGAUUCAGGAGUGAAGCUGCUCUCAGAUGGACUAAAGAGUCCAAACUGUCAGCUGAACAUAAUGAGAUUAUCUGGUUGUAUGGUAACAGAUGAAGGCUGUUGCUAUCUGGCUUCAGCUCUGCAUUCAAACCCCUCAUACCUGAAAGAGUUGGAUCUGAGCUACAAUCACCCAGGAAAAUCAGGAGUCAAGAUGCUCUCUGAUCUAUGGAACGAUUCAAACUGCACACUGGACAAACUUGAUGUGGAUCAUGGAGGAGAGUUCAGAAUUACCUUACAGCUACAGAACUAUGCCUGUGAUCUCACUCUGAAUCCAAACACAGCAAACACCCAUCUCAUUCUGUCUGAGGAGAACAGAAAUAUAACACACAUAUUUGAGAUUCAGCCAUAUCCUGAUCAUCCAGAGAGAUUUGAUGAGUGUUGUCAGGUCUUGUGUAGAGAGAGUCUGACUGGACGCUGUUACUGGGAGGUUGAAUGGAGUCAUGGGUGGGCUGAAAUAUCAGUUGCAUAUAAAGGAAUCAGCAGGAAAGGAAGGAGUAGCCACUGUAAAUUUGGAUAUAACGAAAUGUCAUGGAGUCUGAAAUGCUCUGAUUACAGAUUCAUUGGCCGUCACAAUAAUCUGAGAACUGUCAUACCUGCCCCUUUAUCCCCCUCUAACCGGGUAGGGGUGUUUCUGGACUGGCCGGCUGGUACUUUGUCCUUCUACAGCGUCUCUGACACACACACACUCACACACUUACAUACAUUCAACACCACAUUCACUGAACCCAUCUAUGCUGGCUUUAGGGUUUCUCUUCUUUCUUCAGUGUCUCUGUGUCAGAUUAAACCUUGUGUGAAGAACAACAGAAACACAGACAAAGGUGAAACAAGUGACACUGCUUAUUUCUCCACAGUAAAUAAAUUAGAGAGGGAGUGUUGAGUACAGCACCAUUUAGUGCCCAUGACUAGAGAUAUAAAGAUCUAUACCAUGGGUGUCACUAGGCCAUUUUAGGGAGGCUAUAGCCCCCCAAAAUGACUACUCAGCCCCCCUAAAAUUUUGCGAUUAGCUCCAUAAACUGUACACAAAUUCGUGAUCACCUCAGUCUCCUUAAAAUUUCAUAUGAAAACGGCGGUAGACUUUGUCUUCUCCCCAUCUUUCAUCAAGUUCUUCAAUCCGCAGACCGCGGCGGCGCAGCCCGAGAAACAGAGGACAAGGUGUGUGUUUAUUGAUAGAUGGUUAUAAUAUCUGCAUCUGUGCAGUUCUGUUCUUUGUCAUAAAUACAGUUUACAAAAUAUCCUAGAGGUGCAAUCAGUUCCCCAUAAGUUUUUGCUGCAUUCACCCCUCAUCACACCGCAGCUGUUUCAGCUUUUGACUGCUAAGUGGCGCUUUAACCACAAGUUAUCAAACAAAUGCAUCAAAGCACAUUUUCGCAAAUAGCCGUCAGCUUUGCCUCGCUGGUGUGUUACAUUUGACAGCUGCAGUCAGAGGAAAAUUAAAGAAAAACACUGUAGUUAAAAUAUUUUAUAUUCAUAGAUGAAACUUUAGUACCCUACUUAAGUUAUGUUUGUUUCUUAGAAUGAAUAAAACAGAAUAAAUAC